AGGGCACUGUUGGAGGGAUGCUGUUGUUGCCGACGAUGUCUCUCCACCCAGCAGAAUGUGAACGAGAUAUUAACUGCAAACGGAAAGGAAUUAAAAAGGGCCCGACGCCGUGAUCUCCUAAAUCACCGACAUGGCAAGGCUGGCCGACUACUUCGUAGUGGUCGGUUACGACCUCGAUAAGAGGGGGGGCAGCGAGGGUCAAGGCCGAAUUCUCCAGCGGUUUCCUGAGAAAGACUGGGAGGACAACCCCUUUCCCCAGGGGAUCGAGCUGUUUUGUCAGCCCAGCGGGUGGCAGCUGGUCCCAGAGAGGCUACCGCCAUCCUUUUUUGUGGCGGUGCUGACAGACAUCAACUCGGAACGCCAUUACUGUGCCUGUUUCACCUUCUGGGAGGAGGUUGAAGAUGCCCAGCCCCAGAAGAGCCUCUCCAGUGAAGCCUACGAGGACGAUGACCCAGGCGGGGUCAUCAAACCCUCCCAGCUCUUCGCCCCCAAGAGCCUGGUGCUGGUGUCCAGGCUGGACCACCUGGACGUCUUCAGGAACUGCCUGGGUCUGAUUCACACGGCGCACAUCGACGGGCUGAACGUUCCCAUGGAGACGCUGAUCGGAAACCUGCUCACCUGCGUCAUUCCCAUAGCGGGAGGGUCCCAGACAGGCGACUCUGCUCUGAGUGUUUUUAUUGUGGAUCUCACCUGUGACUGGGGCCAGGCCGGUCUCCAGGUGGGCCCCGCGGAUCAGGAGGAGAGCUUGAGGACGAUCACCCUGGGAGCUGGAGACAGGCAGGUGAUCCAGACACCCAUCAACGACUCCCUCCCCGUCAGUGGCUCCAGUGUGUCUCAGCUCUUCAAGCAGCUAGGAAUCAACAACGUCCUCUACCUGUUCUGUGCGGCCCUGACGGAACACAAGAUCCUGUUCCUGUCCUGCAGUUACCACCGCCUCACCGACGCCUGUCGAGCCCUGCUGGCCAUCAUGUUCCCUCUCAAAUACAGUUUCACCUACGUUCCAAUAUUACCUGGGAAACUACUGGAAGUACUGAGUACGCCCACGCCUUUCAUCAUCGGGGUCAACUCCUUCUUCCGCUCGGAGACGCAAGAGCUGCUGGACGUGAUCAUCGCAGACCUGGACGGCGGCACGGUGACCAUCCCAGAGUGCGUCCACGUCUCCCUGCUGCCCGAACCCCUCCUGCACCAGACCCAGACCGCCCUCUCCAUGGUGCUGGAUCCGGAGCUGGAGGUGGCCGAUCACGCUUUCCCCCCCUCCUCCACCCAGCCCUCCACGUCCAAGAUCCAGGAUAAGGAGAUUCGGGCCGUGUUCCUGUGGCUGUUCGCGCAGCUGUUCCAGGGCUACCGCUGGUGUCUGCACAUCAUCCGGAUCCACCCCGAACCCGUCAUCCGCUUCCACAAGGCUGCGUUCCUGGGCCAGCGGGCGUUGUCUGAGGAUGACUUCCUGAUGAAGGUGCUGGACGGGAUGGCCUUCGCCGGAUUCGUGUCAGAGAGAGGCCCUCCGUACAGGACCACCGACCUCUUCGACGAGCUCAACGCCAACCAAGUGGAGCGCAUCCGGCACGAGGAGGGCAGCCCGCGCAAGGUGCUGAACCACGUCAAGGAGCUGGCUGAGCUGCUCUUCAAGAACGAGAACCCGUACCCGGCGGUGGCCAUGCACAAGGUCCAGCGGCCCACGGAGGGGUCCCACCUGAGGCUCCACCAGACUACCUUCCCCCACCUGGACGAGGUGACCGUGCAGCUGUUCAUCGACCACGCGGCCGCCAAGCUCAAGAGCGCCCCGCCUGCCGUCAAGGUGGAGAUGAAGUGCAUGGUGCCCAGCGGACCCCCCCUGGGGGACAUUGUGGACAGGAAUGGGAAUGUACUGGCUAACAGUGCCCGGAGGCUGGAGGUGGUGAGGAACUGCAUCACGUACAUCUUCGAGAACAAGAUGCUGGAAGCCAAGAAGGUUCUGCCGGCGGUACUGCGGGCCCUGAAGGGCAGGGCGGCCCGGCAGUGUCUGACCCAGGAGCUGAACCUGCACGUGCAGCAGAACCGGGCUGUGCUGGACGACCAGCAGUUCGACUACAUCGUGCGCAUGAUGAACUGCACCCUGCAGGACUGCUCCCACAUGGACGAACAUGGUAUUGCAGCUGCCCUCCUGCCCCUGGUGACGGCCUUCUGCAGAAAAUUGGGAGCGGGCAUCACUCAGUUCGCCUACAGCUGUGUGCAGGAGCACAUGGUGUGGACCAACAUGCAGUUCUGGGAGGCCAUGUUCUACAGCGACGUGCAGAACCACAUUCGGGCCCUGUACCUCGAGGCCGAGAACGAGCAGCCAAGUCAGGAGCAGGAGGACCGCUCAGCCCUGGAGAUCGCUUCGGAGCAGCGGCGGCUGUGGCCCACCCUCUGCAAGAGCAAGCAGCAGGAGCUGGUGCAGAAGGAGGAGAGCACGGUGUUCAGCCAGGCCAUCCACUACGCCAACCGCAUGAGCUACCUGCUGCUGCCGCUCGACACCAGCAAGAACCGCCUGCUGCGCGGCACCGGCCUGGGCGACGUGGAGAGUGUCAGCAACAGCUAUGUCACAAACAGCAUCGCGGGCAGCAUGGCGGAGAGCUACGACACGGAGAGCGGGUUCGAGGAUGCCGAGAGCUCGGACGUGGCCAACUCGGUGGUGCGCUUCAUCAACCGCUUCGUGGACAAGGUGUGCAACGAGAGUGGUGUGACCAACGACCACCUGAAAGCGCUGCACACCAUGAUCCCAGACAUUGUCCAGAUGCACAUUGAGACCCUGGACGCUGUGCACAGAGAAAGUAAAAGACUGCCGCCCAUCCAAAAGCCCAAACUGCUGAGGCCCACGCUGCUGAUGGGCGAGGAGCUCAUGAUGGACGGCAUGAGGGUCCACCUCGUUUCGGACGGGCGGGACGAGGCCACCGGCCUCAUGGGGGGCCCGCCCCUACUGCCCGCCGAGGGAGCCAUCUUCCUCACCACCUACCGCCUCAUCUUCAAAGGCACGCCCAACGACCCCCUCGUGGCGGAGCAGGUGGUGACGCGCUCGUUCCCCAUCGCCUCUCUGGUAAAGGAGAAGAAGAUCCAGGUCACCGUGCCCAUGGACCAGUUCAUUCAGGAGGGCCUGCAGCUACGCUCCUGCACCUUUCAGCUGAUGAAGAUCGCUUUCGACGAAGAGGUGGCGUCCGAGUUGGCCGAGGUUUUCCGGAAACACCUGCACCAGCUCCGCUACCCCCAGCACGUCCAGGGCACCUUCGCCUUCACCGUGGGCCAGUCGGGCAAGAUGGCGGUCGAGCACAAGAGCAAGGACAAGAACCAGUCCCUAAAAACUCUUUCCAAAAACCUGGUGAAGAGUGCCAAGAAAACGAUUGGCCGCCAGUACGUGACCCGCAAAAAGUACACCCCCCCCACAUGGGACAACCGAGGCAGCUUCCAGUCGCAGCUGGACGAGGACGAGAUUUCUGUGUCUGAGGAGCCGGAGCCAAGCUCCCUCACCCUGUCCUCUACCAUCAAGUCGUCGGACCGCCAGACUAUGAGCAACGUGGUGGAACGGGCAUGUUGCCGUGACUACCAGCGGCUGGGCCUGGGCACGCUCAGUAACAGCCUGACGCGCUCCAAGAAUGAGCCGUUCCGCAUCUCCACCGUCAACCGCAUGUACACCGUGUGCCGCAGCUACCCCGGGCUGCUGAUCGUGCCCCAGAGCAUCCCGGACUCCACGCUGCAGCGGAUCUCACGCUGCUACCGGCAGAACCGCUUCCCCGUGGUGUGCUGGAGGAACUCGCGCAACAAGUCCGUCCUGCUGCGGUCUGCGGGACUCCACGGCAAGGGCGUGGUGGGCUUCUUCAAGUCCCCCAAUGCGCCCUCUGCAGGCCCCUCCCAGGCGGACUCCACCAGUCUGGAGCAGGAGAAGUACCUGCAGGCCAUCAUCAGCUCCAUGCCCUCCUACUCCGAGGCCAGCGGGAGGAACACGCUGAGCGGCUUCUCCUCCGCCCAGAUGAGCACAUCAGACUCAUCGGACAAGCUGAGGCAGCCCAAGAUCGGGGCCCUGAUGAAGCAGGUGAUGGGGACCAAGGAGGACGUGCCCGGAACCUUCAGCCGAGGAGCCACGGUGCAGAGUCGAGCGAGGGUCGUCACCCUCUCUCAGAAUAGAGCGUCGGUGAAGACCCGAAACCCUCCAAGAGGGAAAUGGGGCAGUAUCCGUGGCAGCGGCCGGAUGAGCGCCUACAACCCCGACGCAGGAAGCCGAUUGGCGGCUAAGGACUCGCCGCAGGCCAAUGGAGGCCCUCCCGAGGCCCACUUCCUGCGGCAGCAGAGAGCGUACCUCUACAUCAUCGGAGACAAGUCCCAACUCAAGGGUACCAAGCAGGACUCGUUCCAGCAGUGGGAGGUGGUGCCCAUCGAGGUGUUCGAAGUGAGGCACGUGAAGACCAGCUUCAAGAAGCUGAUGAAGGCGUGCGUGCCCAACUCCUCUUCCUCAGACCCCAGCCAGUCCUUCUACCGCUGCCUGGAGGAGUCCGAGUGGAUGUGCCUGCUCCAUAAGGUCCUGCAGGUCUCUGUUCUGGUGGUGGAGCUGCUGGACACUGGCUCCUCGGUCAUGGUCAGCCUGGAGGACGGCUGGGACAUCACCACACAGGUGGUGUCCCUGGUGCAGCUGCUGUCGGACCCGUACUACCGCACCUUCGAUGGCUUCCGGCUCCUGGUGGAGAAGGAGUGGCUGUCGUUCGGUCACCGCUUCAGCCACCGCGGCGCCCAGACUCUGAGCAGCCAGAGCAGCGGCUUCACCCCCGUCUUCCUGCAGUUCCUGGACUGCGUGCACCAGAUUCACCUGCAGUUCCCCAUGGAGUUUGAGUUCAGUCAGUACUACCUGAAGUUCCUGGCCUACCACUACGUUUCCAACCGCUUCAGGACCUUCCUGCUGGACUCCGACUAUGAGAGGAUAGAGCUGGGUGUGAUGUAUGAGGAGAAGGGGGAGAGGAAGAGUCAGCAGGUGAAGUCUGUGUGGGAUUACAUCGACCGGCUCAACAAGAAGACCCCCAUCUUCUUCAACUACAUGUUCGCCCCUGAGGAUGGAGAGGUGCUGAAGCCCUACAGCAACAUCUCCAACCUGAAGGUGUGGGACUUCUACACGGAGGAGACUCUGGCCGAGGGGCCCUCCUUCGACUGGGAGCUGGUGCAGGGGCCGGCCCAACCGGCCGACGAGGCGGAGAAACCCGACACAGCCGCGCCCAAAACGCGGCGGAAGGUGGUGUGGCCCUGCUACGACCGCUGCAGCAAGGUGCUGCCCGACGCCAUCAGCAAGCUGCUCCAGGAGCUGCAGUCUCUGGAAACAGAGCUUGGGCAGGUGCCAGAGAAGUGGAAAGACACCUGGGACAAGAUCAAAGCCACACAGCGUAUAGAGAGCAAGCUGGAGGGCAGGCACUCGCUCUCCUCCUCCCUGCUCAUGUCCUCCAACCUGAGCCACCAGCGCCGCUCGCAGGGCGUGUAUCUGCAAGAUGGCGGCAUGGGCUCCUCCAUCACCAUGGACAACGAGGGCAGCUCCACCUCCACGCCCGCGGGCAGCAUGACCGGCCGGCCCAGUACCAGCACCCUGUACAGCCAGUUCCAGAGCACGGAGAGCGAGAACAGGUCGUUUGAGGGUAUCCUCUACAAGAAGGGGGCCCUGCUGAAGCCGUGGAAGCCCCGCUGGUUUGUGUUGGACAAGACCAAGCAUCAGCUGAGAUACUACGAGACCCGACAGGACAAGGACUGCAAGGGCGUGAUCGACCUGGCGGAGGUGGAGUCUGUGACCCCCGGGACCCCCACCAUGGGGGCGCCCAAAAACGUGGAGGAGAAAGCCUUCUUUGAUCUGAAGACGACCAAAAGGGUGUACAACUUCUGUGCCCAGGACAGCCAGAACGCGCAGCUGUGGAUGGACAGUGUACAGAGCUGCCUGUCCGACGCCUAGCCGCCGCAGGAAGCGCGGUUCUCCCACCGCAGGAGCGCAGACGGACCACUCCACUGGCCAAUCACGGACCCCACAGCUGCAGGAAGGGCGGGCCUGAUUGGGUCACCUAGAUCAGUAUUGGUGACAGAACUGAUGAUGUCACGUCACCACAUUUCAGUGUUUUUUUUUUUUUUUUUUUUUUUUCUCCCGUUUGUGUUUUUUUUUUUUUUUUAUUCAUUGUAAGGCUGCGUGUCGUGUUGCUGUUAGUUACCGUCACUGUACAGCACCUCAGCUGGCCGUCGUUUACAGCGGGUCUUCGUGAAAUAGAACCGCGGUGAGCGGACGGAGCGAGUCCCGACGGUCGCUUCUCCCUUCCGGGCGGCUUGGCUGAUGACAGGACGCCAUUCCAGCGGGACGCUCUCUCGCAUUCCCCCCAAGGACUACAACCACUCUCAAAGGACUACGAUUCCCACAUGCCCAGCUGUGAGGUGGACUUCCUGCAAACUCCUCCUUUGAGACAGCAGCUGGAUGAUGCCGAGCACACGCUCUCCUCUCGGGCCAGGGACCCUACCGUACGUCCAUCACACUUUAUCCUUGGAGAACAGAGCCCUCCGCUUUCCGGAGACGAGCAUCGAGGGAGGGGCUGUCCAAAUGCUUUCAUCACUCCAACAUGUAUGCAGCCUUUUUAACGAAAUACCCCCCAAUACCACCCUCUCCCCCCCAGGGUGUCUCCAUAGUAGUCCUGGAGUGAGGAGUGGGCAUGCAAAUAGAACUGGAAGUCCCCUAAAACUAUUCAUGAAGGAUAUAAAGUCUUGUUUUUGAGGGUUUUUUUUUUUUUUUUGAAAUUUUAUGAGAAAGCAAAUCUUUCCCUUUCUGACUUUGAAAAUCUGUUUUCUGGCAUUGCCAGUCACUCAUGCCAGUUUGGAGAUUGCACUCCUACAGAGACUGAUAGAAGACAACAUCGAUUGGAUUGUUUACAAAGCAGCCGUCAAGCUAUCGUCACUUCUUAUGUUAUUCUACCUGUAUUUUUCUUUUAUAAACGACAAAAAAAAUAGAAACCACUAUUAAUAUUCAGACCUGAAGGGACACAGAAGGAGAACGAGGGAUAUUUUGGUGGGAUUCAUUUACAACACAGUUCACUCAAAAAGAGAGAUAAACAACAAGGAGAACGAAGGCAGUGGAGGAGCCCAGGGAUUGUAGAGAUUGUGCUAGGACUCGUUUACACGCCCGGCGACCAGGGAGCUGGCUCGUUGCCAUAACAACAGAGCAACACUUCCUGGAAACAGAGACUUUCGUCCUGCCCCCUAUCCCCCUAGCUCACACUGAGGUGAAAUUCCCCUAACAGACUCUCUGUAGCCGGUCCUCUUUAUAAUACCUGCUGUGAAUCAGCGAUAUAGCUUCCCAUGAAGUGAGACUGAAGGAUGGGCCAUGUUAACAAUGCGAGUACGCAGGGCCUGCAACUCUGGCCCUGGAGAGCUACUGGGUCUGCUGGUUUUUUUAUUUCACCUUAAAUUCAGCACCCUGUUGAGACCCAGGUACUGUAACCAGGUGAGCUGAGUUAACCAUGUAAUCAACUGCUCUAAUUGAUUCAUUAAGUGUGGAGUAACAACAAAAACCAGCAGACCCUGUAGCUCUCCAGGACCAGGGUUAGAGACCUCUGAUCUAGAGUAUGUGGGGGUGAGUGUAGCUGCCGGUGUAAUAGGUGGAAUGGCAUAACCAUCAGGGGCCAGUUUGUCUAUUUGCUAUUGCAUUUCCACGUGGGUUAGUGGUUUCCAUACUAGGCCGUUCAUUGCUAGCGGCUCUCCACCACCAGGGGGCAUCCUAAUCCUGAAGGAAAGUGUUGGCCGGCGGAUUUUGACAAGUCACAGACGGUGAGAGAGAUGACAGAAGGAGAGUCGUAGACUUGAGGCUGUGCUCCUUGUCAAAGACCUGUUGAGACGGCUCUGCUCUGCUACCCGGCAACCGUGCCCCUCCCACCCUACCCCCUACCGCUGUGCUUUUAUUCACAACCAGUGUUUUAGUUUAGACAUUUCCUGUGUAAUGCCUGUAUAUAGUAGAAUCCGUGUUGUUUUCCUGAGUUUGUUUUUUUGAGAGAGACAGAGAGGGUAACUUCAUGUGGAUGCAGAAAUCAGGCAGUCCCGCUCACUUUCUCCAGUCACCCUUGUACAUACACGGUUUUAGCUCUUGCCAGUUUUUACAACACUUUCCCUUCUUGUCUCUCUCUCUCUCUCUCUGUCUCCCCGUCGAUGUGAAACUAAAUGCCAUUUAUGGAGAACUUGGAUAAAAGUAGCCAUGUUUUAAAUUUGAUGUUCUAUUCAAAGGCCAAAUUCCACAUUUACAGCCGACAAAGAAAGCAUAGCGUCUGUAAUUCAGGUAAAAUGUCUCUCCGGCUUGUUGAGAGAUUAUGCCCAGUUCCUGAAAUCGAGGGCUGCUGGACCCUCCCUUUACCUGGCAGUCAGGCUUGAAGACAGUCUGGCCAAUCAGUAGCACAAAUUGUUCAAUUGUUCAAACUGUCAUCCCUCUUCAGCCAGGAGGGGACAGUCUUCCCUCUGGACCAACUCAAAACCGAUGCCCCGGUAUUGCAGGAACAUUGAGCCAUGAAACUAAGGUCCUGAACCUCUAUGGUCAGUAAAGACCCCACGCCAUCGACUAUAAAAAGUGUGUAGUUGGUUCCCAGAAGUUCAGACCGAAGUCUCUGCCUCACUCUGUCUAUUAAUCCCCCACUUAAUCAACAAAUUACAUUCACCAUUAAAUUUGUUUAUAAAUACAACUGGCUUGCUAAAUGGCUACCAUGCAUCGCUAGGUAGGUGCUGCACAUUGGUGGCGAGUCCUCUCCUCACUGUAAGGUCCUUUAGGAUCCUUAAAUGCUGUAUAAAUGCAAAUCGUUGUUGUCACUAUAUUUCAUUUUAUGGUCCAUACUUAUGGUUCUCCAUUGUGUAAUUAACAUUGCUUAUCGAUGAAAAAUGGAUCUGCAACGUGUGGAUAAACCCCCCACAGUAUCCCAGUGACAAAACGUAGUCUGUAUGUUUUUCACAUCGCAUACUGUAUUGUGCAUAGUUUUUAGCGCCAUUGAUCAUGUAGAGCGGCACCGGCGUGUGUGUCCCAUCAACGGGGAGGAGGGAAGAUGUUUUCUGUUGAGAGACCGCCAAGGAGAAUGACCCUUUCACUAUCCACCGCGAAACCAUUUCCUUGACGACGGUAGCCGCGGCCAGCCUUUUACCGCCGAAAACACACACAGCGCAUAUAUCCAGUCAGUUCGACAGCCCUAGAGGCUUCGUUUCACAUUUCUUGACGAAGUAACCAGAAAAUAUGGCAUUCGUUUAGUUUUUUUCGAAACCAAGAUUUAGCCUAUGUACAGUCCCACACCGUCACUGCUGCGGAAGAACGCGGUAACCCAGUCGUCUCAUCCGACGUUUUCACCACCUGAACGUAGAUGUUCGCCCCGACCGCUACCACUUGUAUAUACAAUUCAGAUUUUUAUGUAACGUAUGGUAUUAAUUUAUUUAACUUUGUCUCAAGUGUAAGAAAGUUGGAGAGAGAGAGCGUCAUCACCCUCUUAUAAACUUCACUUUAUUGUUUGAAGUAGAAAUCCAACACGUGCCAUUGUUUACUUCUGUAAUUAACACUGCUACUUUUUUGUUUGUUCGUUUUAAAAAUGUAUCGUCAAAUUCUACUCAAGUUAAACCCUGCUUUAAAAAAAAAAGAUGAUUAACAGAGUAGUCCAUUUUUAGACGUUCAGCUUAAAAUGAGACAGUAGUGUGGUUUUGGGGGAUAAUUAGCAUUCUGUGACGUAGCGAUAACUGGGUGCUGCUGAUGAAACAGGCGGUCCCAUGUAUCUGACAGGAGUGGGUCCGAAGGUUCGUUCACACUUCUAAAUGUCUCACAAUGUCCUGCAGAUUGAUCUGCUAUCCGUUUACUAUUAGAUAUUUUAAUGAUUCCCAACUUCUUAUAACAUUCAACAGAAAAGUCAGAGUAUCAUUUCCAGCUUUUUAAGUUUUUGUUUAGUUCAUAUUUCUCAUUUUCUUUCUUUUUUUGUUUUGUUUUUGUAAAUUUAUUUUGUUUUUCUUUUUUUCAGAAAUCUCCAGAACCGGGUUAUGUUGUCAAUCAUGUAAUAUAUAUUUUUUUUAGGAUUAAACAACAAACAUCCUGGGUUUAAAUA